CUGUAAGACGCUCCCACCAUCCAGGUUUGCCAAAUCCAGUGUGCCAAAUCCACUGUGUGGCACACAGGAAGGCGUCCAGUGGUCAGUGGGGAACUGGACUUUUUCAGGACGUUUUGUGGAGACUAAUAAGACGAAGCACAGCAUCGUCUCUCGUUGGCUCGUCGCUCUCCUUCCCCUCCUUCCCCCGGUAAGACUCGGACUCCCACGCUGCAGCCAUGGUGGUCAUGAAGAUGAAGUUCCCGUUCGAAAAACGGGUGAAGCUGGCCCAGGGACUGUGGCUCCUAUCCUGGUGCGCCACAGUUGCCGGGGCCACGACCUUCACCCUGGGGUGCCUCCUAAAAACGGAGCUCCGCAGGAGAGCAGAGGUAAUGGACAACUCCGAUGUACAUAUCGUGCCCAACACCCUCAUGAUCGUUGGCCUGGCUUCCUUGGGCAUCAACUACUUUGCCUCAAAGAUUUGUCAGGACGCCUUGGACGCAGGGCGCUUCCCCCGCUGGAAGAACUUCCUGAAACCCUACUUCGCCGUCUCGAGCUUCUUCACCGUCCUCAUGCUGCUGGCCGUCAUUAUGAGCUACGCCAUGAAGGGCAGCUUGGAGUCCUCUCUGAAGGCCGGCCUGAGGAACGGCAUCCGCUUCUACAAGGACACAGACACCCCGGGCCGCUGCUUCCAGAAGCAGAACAUCGACCGCCUGCAGAUGGAGUUCCAGUGCUGUGGGAACAACGACUUCCGGGACUGGUUUGAGGUCCAGUGGAUCAGCAACCGCUACCUUGAUUUCAGCUCCAAAGAAGUGAAAGACCGCAUCAAGAGCAACGUCGACGGACGAUACCUGGUGGAUGGAGUCCCAUUCAGCUGCUGUAAUCCCAGCUCUCCACGGCCGUGCAUUCAGAAUCGCCUGACCAACAACUCAGCUCACUACAACUACGACUACCAAACCGAGGAGCUCAACAUCUACCUUAGAGGCUGCAGAGAGGCCCUGCUCAACUACUACAUGGGCCUGAUGAACACCAUCGGGGCUGGAGUGUUGUCAAUCUUCCUCCUGCAGGGCUCGGUGCUGGUGAGCUUGCGCUUCCUGCAGACCGCCAUGGAAGCAGUUGCAGGGAAUGAGAACACCGAGAUCGAGACAGAAGGGUACUUGCUGGAGAAGGGGGUGAAGGAAACCGCCAUGGAGUACCUCAACCCUGUGCUCACGUUCCUCUUGCUGAAAAACCAGGUGCAAGAAGGCACGUCCGAUGAGGCGGCCCCCGCAGCCCCCUAAACCACGCGCCCUGUACACACGUGUAAAUAAUUUUUACAGAGAUAUGCGAUCAUUUAUUUCAAUUUGAAAAGGGGAAAAUCGAGCAACACAUUUCUGUGAAUUUCACAAGAUUAGACGUAGUAUUUUUUAUUGUCCGCUGAUGAUGCUCAGAAGGGAUUUCCGAUUAAAACUCCACCCUGGGAUCUUCGUUACAAAUACAAGAAGCACAGAAGUUCAAAUAGACAAAGAAAAUUCCAAAGAAUCCUCUGGGAAUAACAAUCAAAAGAAAGUAACACUUUUUUAAUCCCUUUUUUAUUUUUCCUGUUACUAACUGUACAUGAAUGAUCCACCAUUGUUGUAUUGUAUUUGUUUGUUGCUUUUGGAAGUGAUCUGCACUACUAUUUGCGUUCUUACAAUCGAUGUUCCAUGUCAAAAGCAAUAAAGAAGUCACACUUCAACCAGUGGUAAAGCAAGAUUUGAAGAGGCAGUGUACAAACAUGAUGUUGGGUCUUAUGAAAACAGAGAUGUAAAGCUGACCGUAGAGAGACAUGAGGCGCAAUGCUCCGCUGCAUAACAGGACUAUGACAUAUUAUACCAGAUGAUUUAUUAAAGUUUGAAGUUACCAAAUGC